AUGGGCUCGAAGAAAAACGUUUUCACGGCAACUCAAGAGGCCAGCGAAGUAAAUGAGGCAGAUUCUACUGAGCCCAAACUGGCAUGGUGCAAAAGAUUAGUGAAAGCGAUUCAAGUCAAUACCGGUGAAGCUCGAGAAUUGACCCCUCUGCAGCGCUAUCUUUACAAUUACGACUUGAGGCCCGUCGAGGAAGAACGACGACUGUGGUCUUGGUAUAACUUUGUUUUCUUCUGGGUUGCAGACUCCUUCAACGUCAACACCUGGCAAAUUGCAGCUACCGGCGUCGUUGCCGGAAUGACUUGGUGGCAGACUUGGCUUUCUGUUUGGCUCGGCUAUUUCAUCACUGGCUGCUUCGUCUCUCUUUCUGCUCGCCCGGGGAUAUUUAACCACCUCUGUUUUCCAGUAUUCAUCAGACAAUCCUUUGGGAUCUUUGGGUCACUCUGGCCAAUUUUGAAUCGUGUGGUGAUGUCGUGUGUAUGGUAUUCAGUUCAAGCGUGGAUCGGGGGCCAAUGUGUCCGAGUUAUGCUCGAGGCGAUUUUUGGCACGGAUCUCAACGAAAGAAUAGGAGGAACCAUACCAGGCCAGAACACAGAUAGCUUGGGUAUGCUUAGUUUUUUCUUGUUUUGGUUCUUUUCACUGCCAUUCCUUUGGUUUCCACCCCACAAAGUUCGUCACCUGUUUACCUUCAAGUCCUACGUUAUUCCCUUCGCAGGCUUCGGAUUCAUGAUUUGGGCAUUAGUUAGAGCACACGGAGCUGGACCAGUCAUGAAUGAAAAAUCUAAUCUGAAAGGAAGCAAGCUUGCUUGGGCCUUCGUCUCGUCCACCAUGAAUGCCUUAGCCAAUUUCGCAAACCUCAUCCUUAAUGCACCUGAUUUUUCAAGGUUUGCCGACAAACCUUCGAAAGCUAUUAAAUACUGGGUCUACAUUGGCUCGGUGCCUAUCUGUUUCUCUAUCACCUGCCUUAUUGGUAUCCUGGUGAGCUCAGCUUCAAAGGCCAUGUAUGGAGAAGCUCUGUGGAGUCCCUUAGAAGUUCUUGAAAAAUUCUUGGAAACGUCAUUUACAUCAGGGACUCGAGCAGGUGCUUUUUUGAUUGGUCUCGCUUUCGCAUUGGCGCAAUUAGGUACCAACAUCUCGGCCAACUCACUAUCUUUUGGAACUGACGUUACGGCCAUGCUGCCUAAUUUUGUGAAUAUCCGGCGUGGCAGUUUUAUUUGCGCCGCAAUUGCUUAUUGUAUUUGCCCAUGGCAGCUGAUGAGCUCGUCUUCUAAGUUUACUACAGUUUUAUCGGCAUAUUCUGUGUUCCUCUCGUCGAUCAUUGGUGUAGUGGCAUGCGACUAUUAUAUUAUUAGGCGUGGCUAUGUCAAUCUUCACCACCUUUAUACUCUGGAGUUCAAAGAAGCCGAUAACACAGUUACAACUUCCUACUACAAAUACUUUUAUGGCGUAAACUGGAGGGCUUUCGUUGCAUACCUGCUGGGUAUGGUUCCAAAUAUGCCCGGAUUUGUGGGCGCUACAGGGCUCGUAGUGCCAGAUGGUGCUACUAAGAUCUAUAUUCUUAGUUUCCCUGUUGGAUUUCUUGUCGCUGGUUCGGUGUACUACAUUCUGACUGCCUGGGUGAGUCCGUUGAAAGUUGGACUGUCUCCAGAAGUCAAUCUCCAUGCAUUCCCUCACAAGCAGCCAUGGUUAGAAGAGUGGAAAGACGUUGAAGACUUUGAGGCAGAGCUGCUUGAUGAUGCGCCAGAACUUCUCUUUGCUGUCAGAUCUGCAGAGUCUCAAGCGCUGAAAAAGUCUCAAAAAGACUUGAGUGAGCUCAUUACUCCAAUUACCAGCUUUGGGAUCAAGAACUAG